GCGAAGGAGGGAAGGGUCAUUGUCAAGAGAACAUGGCAGGAAUUCAUUGAAAGCCUAUCCAUUCCCAUGGUUCUGGGAUGGCAAGGUGGUUCCUGAGGCUUCGAGCAGCAGCAACGGCAGGGUUAACAGUGUCAGGUUUAUAUGCUGCCACCCACGUGGACCCGAAUGAUAUCGGAAUCGUUAGAAUUGGACGAGCCGUUGCCACGACUGCAGUUAUCAGUUAUGACUACAUUACCUCGCUCAGGCGUCUGGAGUAUGGGACAGAAGAAUACGAAUCCAUCAAGUCACAGGUCCACCGUCGCUCUGCCGAGCACCUGCUAGAUCUCUGCCGUGCCAACAGGGGCACCUUCAUCAAAGUGGGCCAGCACCUGGGAGGCUUGGACUACCUGUUACCCGAGGAGUACACCAGCACUCUGAAGAUUCUACACAGCCGAGCUCCGCAGAGCAGUCUGCAGGAGAUCCAGCAAGUUAUCGAGGAAGAUCUCGGCAAAGAGAUUACCCAGCUGUUUGCCAGCUUUGAUGAAACUCCCCUGGGUGCUGCGUCCUGGGCCCAAGUCCAUAAAGCAGUGUUACACGAUGGAAGGACAGUGGCGCUUAAAGUUCAGCAUCCCAAAGUGCAGAGCCAAUGUGCCAAGGACAUCAUUUUGAUGGAGGUUCUGGUCCAAGCUGUGUCCUGGAUGUUUCCCGACUUCAGCUUUGCCUGGCUGGUUGAUGAAGCCAAGAAGAACAUGCCACUGGAGCUGGACUUCCUGAAAGAAGGCCGCAACACAGAGGAGGUGGCGGAGAUGUUCAAACACUUCCGCUUUCUUAAGGUGCCUAAAAUUCACUGGGAGCUGUCAACUAGGCGUGUUCUGACCAUGGAGUUUAUGGAAGGAGGUCAGGUCAACGACAGAGAGUACAUGAGAGAAAAUGGCAUCAAUGUGAAUGAGAUCUCUCAAAAUCUUGGGAAGCUCUACAGUGAGAUGAUCUUUGUAAAUGGAUUUGUGCAUUGUGAUCCACACCCAGGGAAUGUGUUAGUGAGAAAGUCCCCUCAAACCAAUAAGGUUGAAAUCGUGCUGUUGGACCAUGGAUUAUAUCAGACCCUGACGGAGGAGUUCCGUCUCAACUACUGCCGUCUGUGGCACUCUCUGAUUAAAACUGACAUGAAGGGCACUGAGAUGUACAGCCGGCGGCUGGGAGCUGGGGAUCUGUAUCCACUCUUUGCUUGCAUGAUAACUGCCAGAUCCUGGGCAUCCAUAACCAAAGGAAUUGACCAAAUACCAGUCAGCAAAAAUGAGGAUGUGGAGAUUAGACUAAACGCGGCUAAGUAUCUACCUCGCAUCAAUGAACUGCUCAACAAGGUCCCUCGCCAAAUGCUGCUGCUCCUAAAGACUAACGACUUGCUUCGAGGGAUUGAGACAUCACUCCAGACCCGAGCCAAUGCUAGUUCCUUUAUCACCAUGUCUCGUUGCUGUGUCAGAGCUAUAUCUAGGUAUGAGAAAGAUGCAUCAAAGUCCUGGUACAGAAAGCUGAAAAUCUCCUUGACAGAAGCUCUCGUCCUUUGGCAGAUCAGUCUGUAUGAGAUCCUACUUUGGAUUAAGGUUUCGUCGCUGGGGCGUUGGAUUAGUGGCAUCUGGGCACAUGACCACCCUCUGCAAUGAAGACACUCUCUGCUAGAGAAAAGACUGGAUCUCCUCCCUCGUCACAGACCAUUCUGGCUAUCUCUCAUCUUCCUGCCCCAUGUGCUGUUCAAACAGGCCAGGGCCUAAUGGAUUUCAGGUCUCACUAGAGUUGACCUCUGUCGAAAUGGUUGCGGUUAAAUUCAUUCUCAUCUUUCCGGCUGUUUAUUUGGGUCUCCCACAGUGUUGGUACAGACGUGAGGCUACACACCACCCCACCACCCAAAGUCCUGCCCCCAUCAGAAAUCUAUCCUGAGGUUAUAGCUAAAUAAAGUGUUGACCUACCCAAUCAUAUCCAAACAUGACCGUCAAUCUCUGCAAAUGGCCCUUGGGUAUAAAGAUUGAAGUGUGAUCUAAAUGCAAUGUUUACAGUGAUUAAAGGAGAUGCAAGAAAACUAUAUCCUCUGUUGG